UGUGAGCCAUUAGAUAUAAAAAUAUGGAGAUUGAUGAAAUAAACUUACAAGAUGAGCUGACCUCGGAAUUUCUGUUGAAGUAUCUAAAUGGUGAAAUUUCAUUUCACGAAUGGUUAUCUAAGUUAGAAUCUGGGGGUCAUGAGGAGGAAGAUGUUUUGGCUAGUGAGGGUGUUCCUAAUGUGGAGGAUAUCAACAUGGUUGAGGCUAGUAUUGUAGGCAAUGAAGGUGGUGAAGAUGAAGAUGAUCAUGAUGAAUCAAAUACAGAAGUACUCAACGCAGGUCAAGAGGAAGAAUCAGAUCCAGGUUCUUCAUCUGAACUAUUGCAUCCUUCGAUCUCAAAGUUCCCAAAGAAGAUGACGGAACUUUUAUUGCUUGGCAAAUCUCCUCAGAGUGCAAAAUCUGUAGAUGAAUUUAUGAAUGAAAUACCAAUACCAGGGAAGAAAAAGAAAGGCGGUCGUCGAAGAAAAAAUGAACUGACCAAAGAACAUAGAGCAAUCAUGGGAAGGAUUAAUAUGCUGUCUGCAAAGAAAGAUUUUGAUGCUGCUUGGAACUUAUGUGAAGAGCUAAUUCAAAAAGCUCCACGGUGUUCCGAACCGUUCCGAACACUUGCAUUUAUUUGUGAAGAAAGAAAUGAUCCAGAGAAAGCCCACCAGUACAAGUUAAUUGCGGCUCAUUUGGGGGCUGACGAUUGCGAGGAAUGGAUUGAAUUGGGUCAAACGUCUCUCAAGAGAGGAAACUCUCAAGAAGCUCUGAUAUGUUUCACAGAAGCAAGUAAGAAAGAUCCAACAAAUAUUGAUGUUCUGAUAAUGAAAGCAUCAAUUUAUGAAAAUCUUGAACAAACCAAGAAAAAAAUGGAAGUGUACGAAAAUAUACUAAAGGUCUUACCAGAUGAUGGGGUGAAAUAUUUGACUUUUGCUAAAAACAUGGCUCAGUUAUACCAUGCAGAAAAUCAAGCUGAGAAAGCGAUCGAAGUUUUGGUUAAAGCAUUUAAAAAGUAUCCAGAUGAGAUAAAGUUUGAAGAUCUUAAUAUCCUGUCAGAGCUCUACAUGUCACUUCGAAAGUUUCAAAAAGCUUUUCAACUUAUAUGUCAAUAUUGCCAUAUCCAAUUUUUGGACUCCGAACACUGCAAUAUGCUCGUUAAAGCCGGUGAAUCUCUGACUGAAGAAGAACUAAUGGAGAACAGACUUUCUGAUUACCCAUUCGAAAUAGAAGGCGCACUUCCAGUAGAUAUCAGAGCAAAGAUAGUUAUUUGUCUGAUUCAUAGUAAGGCAAAAGCAGAAACAAUUCAGGAUGUUGUCUCACCUCUAUUCCUGGAACCCAUUGAUGAGGUUGGGGAUUUGUAUUUGGAUAUCGCCGAUGCUUACUGUGAGACUGGUCUGUAUGAGGAGGCUUUAGUUUUGUUAAAUCCUCUUGUGAAAACUGAACAGUUUGGUCAGGCUGCAGUCUGGCUGAAGAAAGCAGAAUGUCUGUCAACUUUAGGCAGAGAAGAAGAAGCAGCCGAAGCGUAUUCCUGGGUGGUUUCACUCGCUCCAAGUCAUGCCGAGGCGAGGUUUACACUCUCCACUUUGUACCAGAGACUGGGACACAGUGAUAAGGCGCUCAAAGUGUUGGAAGAAAUGCCAAAUACGGACAAAGAUGAUGAAAUGUGGGUGGAAGGAGAAAAUAGUGCCGAGAUGAGAAAGAAUGGUCAGCCCAGAGAAAAACCAGAUAUCAAUUCGCUUUCACUCCAGGAGGUCAAGUUGAUUUAUCAUCGGUGUUUGUUGUUAUAUUCUCAACAAAAGUUUGAUGAUUUUUUGGCUGACGGUCUUAAACUUCUAGCCCGAUACAUGGCCGACGUCUAUUAUGAUGAAAAUAUGCAAUCUGAUAACAUGUACCGUAACUACAAGUUAGCCCUUCGACGGAUGAGGAGAGUUUGUGACGAAGUACCUGAAGAAUUAAGAGUUCAAGGAGGAACGUUUGCAGAGAUCCGACGAGAGGAAUGGUGGAGUCUGUUGCUCAAGGUUGCCAGAACGUUUUAUAAAGUUGGUCGUUUUGCAGAUCUCGAACAUGUAGUUAAAUGUGCAAUGAGCUCAGCUCAGUUUUCUGGCAUCAAAAUCUAUCAACGUGAGCUGGACUUUCUUGGUGUAACUGCGUGUUAUUGCAACAGGAAUUGGACUGCGGCAUUCAACGUGAUUCGGGCCGUUCUCCUUAGACACACAGACUGUAAGCAUUUAUGGAACAUGUUCGCAAGAAUGAUGGUUGGCAAUGGCGACUCAAAGCAUCACAAAUUUUGUCUUCGAUUGCUACUGAAGAAUCCCGAAAAUUUUUCCCUUCAGAUGAUAAAUGGUCACAACGCUCUCACGUCUGGAAAUUAUAGAUAUGCUCUGGGAGAAUAUGCUCGAGCAUUUCGUCUCAAACCACUGGAACCUAUGGUUAGUUUACUGAUGGGAUUGUCUUUCCUUCAAAUGUCCUGCCAGAAAUUUCAAUAUGGUCGCAAUGCAAGUAUUGUGCAAGCUUUCUUAUUCUUGUAUCAAUAUGAAAGCCUUCGUGGAAAAUGCCAGGAAACAGAUUAUAAUAUAGGAAGAAGUUAUCAUCAAAUAGGUUUAGUAAAUUUUGCAUCACAUUAUUAUCACAAGGUUCUCAACUAUCCGAUGGUUAAGAAAGGGCGUGAUGAAACGUUUUGGGACAAGAACAACUUGCAUCGUGAAGCCGCUUUCAACUUAUCGCUGAUAUACCGUGCGAGUGGAAAUAAUCAAGUAGCAAGGGAUCUGUUACAGAAAUAUUGCACUGUAUGAUAAAUAUACUAAGACAAUUCAAGGGGGACCAGUCACCAAAGGGGCCAGUUAUACAAGCGAACGUUUAAUAGCGCUAUCCAUGCAACCUUCGAGCAACCGGCCGCGUACAGUGUAAAAGCAAAGCAUAUCUACUCAGACUGUUCUUGCGUAUCCUAAAAAUGGCUAAAACCUUCUCAACGAAAAAGAAGUUUGCUGUGUUUCUCAGAAUCAGUGAACUUUUAAGCGUAAUAACAAAUGCUAUUGUUUUCACUACCGACUUUCAUGUAAAAAAUAUUCAAUCGUUUGAUUGAAUAAAUUGAAAAAAAUAUUAAUAUUUCUCCAAGUUAGAAAAAAGCUCUUCCCGUCAAAAAAAGAAUCCCGUUUGUGUUCAUAUGACUUCAUUCACAAUGACUUCAUUCACAAUGACUUCAUUCACAAUGACUUCAUUCGCAAGCAGCCGCACGCAUGCGCAUAAUUUAUCAAUUUUCACGUCAACACUGCGCUGCAAGGAUUCAUUAGUGACGUAACAAUCAAAUGGUCAAAAUCGUCUUUCGCGAGUGAAGUUCGCUAAUGGAGAUCUUAAUGUUUCCUUACGUCAAAGGUGAAUGUAAACAAGUAAAUUUUCU